AGCUGCAGUCCAAAUAUGGUGACAUGUUUGAAGUUUACUUAGGACCCCAAAGACAUAUUUGGCUGGGUCGUGCUGACCUCGUAGAGAAAAUAUAUACUGCUUCGACAAAAAGUAAUUACUUCAUACAUCAGCCGGACUCUCACGGAGGGCUUGCUGAAUUGGAUAUGGCGGAUAAAGGAUUGGUGUUGAACUGUAAUCUGAACACUUGGAAAUUUAAUCGUAAAUUCCUGAUAACGUCGUUGUUUUCCAAAAGUUUCCUAAGGGAAGCGUUAGUAGAGACAACCACACGGUUCGCCGAAAUUGAAUCGUAUUGGGCGAAACUGGGUCACGAUAAAGAAUUGGAUUUUCCACAAUGGAUGACCCGAUUCUUCACUGAUUCUACGACCGCAAUGACCACAGGAAGAAAAGCAACAGCAUCUUUCGCGUAUUACCAAAAAUUCACGAAAAAACAUAACAGUAAAUCCGAGCCAGCUGAAACCGAAGUAUUCUUAGAUCACUUAUUGACCUGGGAAUAUUCGAUGAAAUUCUUCAUAUUACUACCACCAUUCCUUAGGAAUUACGUACCGGGACUACGCCAUUACAAUGAAAAAUAUAAGAAAAAUAAAGCCUGGUUGGAUGAAUAUCUUUUCGGAUUAAUCAGGCACCGUAGGUCGGAAAUCGAAAGUAUGCCGGAGAACGAGGAGCUACAUCCAAAUGUAUUGUCACUCCUGAUUACCGCAAAUACACCUAAGGGGUUAAGCGUCGAGGUUGAGGGUGCUUUUCGCCCUAUGAUCGAAAAGGAGAUAUCUUCAAACAUGUUGGAAGUUUUUGCCGGUGGUAUUGAAACUACUGCUAAUUCGGUUAGUUUCAUUGUAUAUUACCUAUCCACACAUCCUCAAUAUCGAAAACGGUUUCUCCAAGAGAUCCACGACAUCCUCGGUGACGACAUCAACACUCCAAUUACCGCCGAAAACAUUGAAAAAUUCACCUUCCUCGAUGCUAUAAUCAAAGAAUCUGCUCGUCUUAAACCAGCAAUUUCAUUGUUCUUCCGCACAGCAGCCGAAGAUGAUGAAAUAGGCGGUAUGUAUUGGAGAGCGGGAACCAUGUUCUUCACAAAUUUUCAUGGACUUCACAUGAAUAAAGCACAUUGGAAGAAUCCGACAGAAUUUAACCCCGAGAGAUUUUUGGAAGGGGCUGACCCGAUACCAAAGAAUGCUUUUAUGCAAUUUGGGGCUGGUAUGAGAAUGUGCCCGGGUCGACAGUGGGCUGUAUUGCAGAUAAAGGCGUUAUUGAUUUCAUUGUAUAGAAAGUAUGAAGUGGAAUUGGCAGACAAGAAUGCACCUUUGAAACACGUCUAUACUAUUGUUAACCACGUUUAUGAUUUGAACAUUAAAAUCUCUCCAAAGAUUCGGUAA